CGUCCCUCCAGUGGGGACAGAGAGAGAGAGAGAGAGAGAGAGAGACGUGUGAUUUCUCUUUGUACUGAAUGAAGAGUUGAGGCCGCGCUGUGCUGCUCGCCUCCCGUCUCUCUACAAGCAGAAAUAGCCCAAUAAGCCGGUUCCACUGCCAAUGGCCCUCUGACCGGGUUAGGACAGCACAGCAUCAGGUCCAGCGCUGUUUCUUCGGGGAUUCCAAGUCUCCCGUUUAUCACUCGGCUUUUUUCCAGUGCGGAAAAUCAAGCAGCAGCAGACCGCUUCGCCUCUUGUCCGUCGCCGCUUUCACACUCCCACACCACCAGGGGAGGUUUUUUUCUCCCAACCCGAGCGACCAUGGCUGCUGUUACAAGCCCGGAGACGAGCCCUCAACCCCGGGUAUAUUUCCAGACCCCGGGCGGCACCACGGAGGAACCGGAGACACCCGUUCGCAAGCAGGGACGCGUAACCGUCAAAUACGACCGCAAGGAGCUGAGGAAGAGACUGAACCUGGAGGAGUGGAUUAUCGACCAGCUAACGGACCUCUACGACUGUGAGGAGGAGGCCAUCCCCGAGCUAGAGAUAGAUGUGGAUGAGCUGCUGGAUAUGCCCAGUGACGUUGAGCGGGGAGCCAGGGUCAAGGACUUACUGGUUGACUGUUUUAAACCUACUGAGGACUUCAUCUCAGAGUUGCUUGACAAGAUCCGAGGGAUGCAGAAGCUCUCCACGCCUCAGAAGAAAUAAUGGCGCUCCUCCUACUCCUCCACAUCCUCCCCUGAAACUCAGCCCUCACCUCUCAUCUUCCUAACGUGCUUUCCCUCUUUUUUAUUUUGAUGUCAGUUUUCUUCCAUUAAGGUUCUUUUACUGAACCUUGUUCUGUCUUUGCAUUACACCCUCUGUUCUAAACCCCUUUCUUUUAAUCUCUUCUUUGUCUGGAUCCAGCCCCAUAAAUCACUUUAUUUUCAUUAUUUUGUGACCUUCCCUUGUUUGUUGGACUCCCUUACUAAAAACUAUCAGCGAGGAAGAAAACAUAGAGAGUGCAUAAUGACAAGCAGGCCAAAACAACAAGGAGUGAUUCGUUGGUCUUAAUCCAGCCACUCUCCUCUCGCCUCUUUCUCUCUACUGCUACUGGCUUUCCUCUUCCUCAUCCAGCUCUUUUUUCCUCCCACCCUCCCUCAUACCACCCUUCAUCUGUCUGAGGAGGAAGAGAGAAGAAGAGCAGAGACAAGACAAGUCCCGUAAUUACUGAGAGUGGAGCGGCUGAGAGUGGGAAGAGGAACAAGAGAAAGAGUCUGCAACAGCAAAGAAAAGGGUUUUUUUUUUUGGGGGGGGGGGUUAGUACAGUCUUUUCAGAGAAUUACCCCCCUUGAUCAGAGGCAUUUGCUACAGUGGUGCAUUUAGUCUCCACUUUGUCAUUUUGGGAAGAAGAUCUGAACCUCUGACCACUAGGAGGAUGUGCGAUAUAUCUUUAGUCCAACAAAGAGGGAAACUGGAUCCCUGGAAAUAGUGCUUGAACCUUAAAAAAAGUCACUGGUGGCUGUGGUGGUCAUACGGUCAUACGGUCAUACCAAUUUUAGACUAAAAUUCUUCCUUUGAGGCUUGUGUAGAUGUAGCUCUUAGGUUGGGUGUGCUUGAAUAGAAUUCAAAUUCUUGGGGGUGAAAAAGUAUGUUUUCUUUCCUCAAAUGGGUAGUGCAGUUGUAAGAGAGGCUCUUUAGAAGUCGCUGCUGUCCAGCCUGCACAUACAUAUGUAUGUCUGUGUGUUGCUACAUAAUGUACAGCAACAUUCAUAAUACGAGUGUUAUUUUCUGGCUUGUAUAUUCUGCUGUUCUGUAUGACAAAUUAGAUUUUUAGUAGAGGACUGGUUCCUGUUUAGUUUUUCUGGAUGCGUUUUGUCACACACACUGACAGUCCAACAGGGGACCCAGAACAAAGCUGCCUUUUUUUGUAUCAUCCCCCUUCCUCUGUCUCUUUCUCACUUUUCUCCUUGCGUCUUAGGAUAUAUUCUGUUUUCUGUUUGACAGACGUCAGGUCAGAGCAGUCACACAAACAUGCAACUCUGAAAAUGUCUUUGGAGCUUCACGUUGGUGUCAGGACUUUGUGCUGUCCUCUGUGGGUCUGUCAAUGAUGAGACAUCUGAAUGGGAGGGAUGGAGGCCACUGUUUUACAUUGAAGCUGUCUAAAUGCAUUCACCUUUCCGUCUCUCUCUCUCUCACACACACACACACACACACACACACACGCACACGCACACGCACACACACACACACACACACACACACACAGCUGAGGAGAGAAAAGGAGAGAGACCGGUCCAUAGUCACGAGAUGUGUUCCUCCAUUGCAGCUGCCAAUCAUCUCUAAGAACAAGCCAUCUGUUUCUCAUCCUGAGCCAAUCGGAUCAUAGACAGAAGCCCAUCAGCCAAUUGGAGAAGAAGUAGCAUUUGCUGUGAUUCCUGUGACCAACAGCUAACACCCGCGGGGACAGCAGACCUCCACUGUCUGUCUCGGCACCAACACACAUGCAUUCAUGCACACACUGGCCCAUUCCUCUUGCUGCUCUGUUGUUACUCCCUGGCUCUAUUCUCCCCCCCCCCCCCCCCCCCCAACCCAUUUCCAUUCUUUUGCCCACCUUCCCUCUAUCCUUUCUUCACUUUCCUUUUAAAAAAAACAAACAGAUGUUGCCUUAGGUAUUAUUUAUGUUACGCAAACCAAAAAACGGGAGACAUUCAUUUUUAAAAAGGUAACACAAACUGCUAAACACGUGUUACUGAACAGAACUGCGGCAUGUGGACCUUCUGUCGCUAUCUUUUGUUUUGAAAAAAGAAAAUGAGAUUCUGUUUUUGUGUUUUUUUUAGAAGUGAGUGUUUAAUACUUAGGCCUUUAUACAGUGGUUUUGUUUAGAUGAAACAAUGUUCUUUACAUUUUUCCAUUUGAAUACUGCUCUGUUUUUAUUGUGAUCAUGACACUUCUUGAUGCCAGGCCUUGGAUUAACAAAAAUCCCUUCAGGUCCACUUUGGUGCGAUUGGGGUUUCCAAAUCAAACACGUCUGCAUUUUGCAGACAUCGGAUUGUACCAGGCAAGCUCAAUCAGAAGGUGAAUUUGAGUGGAUUUUCCUUUCUAAAUCCAGGUUUGGAUUAUAUCUUCUGAGACUGUUAUUGGGAAGUCUGUUUUUUUACUGUUUGAGGAAAAAUUGCAAAAAAAAAAAAAAUAUAUAUAUAUACACUGAUUAUCAUCAUGAUGCUAAAUACAAGAGCUAAACCAUGCAGAUUGAAGUGUUUUUGGACAAUGAUUAGAUCAAACCAACAAACAAAUGUAGCAAUAGCAACAAGAGGUAUUGUUUUUGCCCAAUUUUGUUACACUUUUAUGCAACUUUAAUAAAAACAUGUAAAAUGGA